AUGGAUUUCUCUAGCCUCAAAGACCAGGUCAGCAACAUGUCCUUGUAUGACCUCAAGGCCGGUGUUCGCAAGGUGCAGAAUGCCGUCAUGAACUAUACCGAGAUGGAGUCCAAGGUUCGGGAGGCUACAAACAAUGAGCCCUGGGGUGCCUCGACCACACUGAUGCAGGACAUCGCCAAUGGAACACACAGCUACCAAUUGCUCAACGAGAUCAUGCCUAUCAUCUACAAGCGCUUCACCGACAAGGCGGCCGAGGAAUGGCGCCAGAUCUACAAGAGUCUUCAGCUUCUUGAGUUUCUCGUUAAGAAUGGAUCCGAGCGAAUCGUCGACGAUGCCCGAUCCCACCUCUCCCUCAUCCGGAUGCUUCGGCAAUUCCACUAUAUCGACAUGAAUGGCAAGGACCAGGGCAUUAACGUGCGCAAUCGAUCUUCUGAGUUGGUCAAGCUUCUCGGCGAUGUUGAUCAGAUUCGCGCCGAAAGGAAGAAGGCCAAGAACAAUCGCAACAAAUUCAGCGGAUUCGAGGGCGGGAUGGGCGUCGGCGGCGGCGGCAUGUCCAGCUCUGGACGAUACGGGGGCUUUGGAAGCGAGAGCAUGGGCUAUGGUGGCUAUAGCGGAGGUGUGUUCGGAGAUGGUGGCGGUUUUGGCGGCCAAUCUCCCAGCGACUUCCAGGAGACCGGACGACGGGCCAGCAAGUUCGAGGAAUAUGACGAGUAUGACGAAGGGGAUGCUCCCGCACGCUCGCGUGAGCCUGCCACUGCUACCCGAGCGAAGGCCCCGGCAAAGAAGCCGGAGCCAGCUCCUGCGCCUGUCGCAGACCUCUUUGACUUUGGUGACGAUGAGCCUGUCACUACAACUUCAACCGCGGCCGGGAAGCAACCCGCUGGCAGUGCCCUCAACAUGCUUGACCCAACGCCAGCGGAUGAUGAUGAAUUUGACGACUUCCAAUCGGCAACUCCGGCACCGCAGCCCGCCCAGUCUUCGUCUAACCAGUUCGCCAUCCCCCCGCCAGCUUCAACGGCCAGCACAACUGCAAACACACAGUUUGUGGCGCCUCAGCCAAUCUCUGCCUCGCAGGGCGCCAACAUCAACGGCCUGGUUGGAUUCACUUCGGCACCCCCCACCCCCUUGUCCAGCGGGCUUACCUCUCCCAUGCAGGCUCCGAUCCAGCAGUCUAAGCCCUCAGGCUACCAAGCUGCCACUCCCAACUACUUCACUUCCGUCUCCAUCAACCCCCAAGCCGGGUCUUCCCAUGCUGCAUCUUCAUCUCUAUCUUCUGUGACAUCCCCCACGGCAACCACCGCCGCGCCAGCAGCCAAGAAGCCCUCCGGCGAUGCCUUUGGCUCGUUGUGGUCCACCGCCAGUGCCAGUGCUGGUAUCCAGAAGGCCAACACAGGCACAAACAAGGGACCCAACCUCAACAGCAUGGCCAAGGAAAAGGCCAGCGCCGGUAUCUGGGGUGCCCCCGCUGCCAGCACGAGCCAGAAUCAGCAGCAUCAGCAGAAGCCGUCCGGUUCAGCUUUUGAUGAUUUGCUUGGUUAA